UUCUUGACAAGUUUCUUUGAUUCUUUCAACACAUAAAAUGAGCGAUUACAACUCGGGUUACAACUUUGGCAGCGGUGCUUCCGCCGACUUGGGUAGCAAGAAGCAAGAAGUCAUGGACAAGGUUCGCGGUGAACUUGCUUUGGCCAACGCUCAAGAGCUUAUCAACAAAAUCAACGAAAAGUGCUACGACAAGUGCGUUCCCAAGCCUGGUGCUCGUUUGGAAAGCGGUGAGCAAGCCUGCUUGUCCAAGUGCAUGGACCGUUACAUGGAAGCAUGGAACGUUGUCUCGCGUGCCUAUGUCGGUAGAAUCCAACGUGAAUCCGCUGGUCAACAGUUCGGUGGUGGCAUGUAAUUAGAGACAAGCAAAGUAUAUAUAAUAUUCUCCAUAUAUAAAAACAAGAACGUAUAAAAAACAGGCUGCAAUUGAUGUGUACAUAAAAAACAUAUAGAACGUUGUUUUUUCCUCUCCCCUCUCCUCUCUCUCUCUUUCUCUUCUUUUCAUAUUGCCACUUCUUGUUGCUUCUGCUGCUUCUGCUGCUGCUGCUGCUGUUGUUGUUGUUGCUGCUGUCGAUCCACUUGAAAUCCCAUUCGCUGUGCUUCGCUGGAUGCCAAUUGGAAGAGCGU